AUGAAGUUCGCCACUCUCAUUCUCGCCGCUGUUGCAGCUGUAGCCACCGCUUCCGUCGUUGAAGUCACUGCACCCGCACCCGCUAUAGCGCUUGACCUUGAAGCACGCGUGCGUAGUCGUUCACUCCGCGAGCUUGUGCCGUGCUUGCUUAUACGUAUUUGCCUAUUCAGCAAGGCUGCGUCCCCACACCCAACUGCACCUGUAACAGAGUCCAAGGUCAGGUUUGCGGCAACGAAGCGAUCAACCGCUUCUGCACCAACGGACAUGUCUUCGAGUGCAGCGCCAGUACCGGUCAAACUUGCGACUACGGCAUCAGGAACUCACUAUGUCGAGAGCAAGCAAUCCGAACUGGAUACUCGCAAUGCUGAAAUUGAAGGAGGCUGA